AUGCUAUCCCUCAAGACUCUCCUAACUCUUACUGCCACAGCAGCAGCCAUCGCCCAUACAACCCAAACCAUCUGCAACAAAGCCAGCUUCAACACGACAACAACCACAUACACAACAAAUUCAAACCACACAAUCUUUAGCAUAGCUCGCAAAUUCCACAGCGGCGCCUGCGACAUCGCCCGCACAAACCGCAUAAUCGACGUCGAGCACCUCUACGCAGGCUUCACAUUGCAGAUCCCAAGAGAAGUCUGCAUCCCGGACCACAGCAACAGUUGCCUGCUCAUCAAGCAAAACGCCACGGCAACUUGCCUCAAAGGCGGCCCACACGACUACAGGACGAUUGCCGGCGACACGGUCGAGAGAAUGGCACUGUACAAGUUGAAUGUCACGCUCGACACGGUGUGGGCACAGGUCCAAAAGAUGGAUGGUGGUGUUGACUCGCCGACGCAGAUUCUGCCUGGGGGGACCUGA